AUGGCAACAGCAUACCGUCAACAGUGUUGGACUCCUCCAAGAAAUAUGGGUAACCCGCUAGAAUCUGAUGAGACUAUAGUGGAAGAAGUGUCGAGAUCAUUAGACUCUGAAUUGAUGAGUCCUCCAGCGCCACCGCCACCUCCAAGUCGACCAGCAACGAAAACCACAAACGAUAAUGAAGAUAUGACCAUUGAUCGAAUGUCGUUAUUGAACUCGCCGUUCAAGACCCUGAAUAGAAUAAUUGACGAUAUAAAAUGGACCUAUGCAUACAAAUCACAGUAUGGUAGUAGUGCCAGUCUAUUGAAUGCUAAGCCUAUAGACUACGCUCAGGCACUAUCUGAUCUCGCCAGAGAUCGGAAACCACCUCACAUGCUCACAUUGAAUAACAAGAUCCCCAUUGCGCCCACUGUUGAGACUGUUGAUCAUUAUAACCCAGAAACGCCCACUGUUAGAAGUAAGAAGUCCACUGUCGUUAGAGGGUUGGUCCAAAAUGGGUCACAUGUUUGCCAUUUCCGAAUUGUGAUAGUCGAACUAUUGGGGAACCCCUUCAAGAGUAUUGAUAAACAUGAAUAUCACAUUGUGCAUUCGCUGCAAAUUCUGGAUGAAGAUUUAAAGCUAUUAAAGUAUGAAGAUGCCACAACUACCAAAUUAGAUGAUGCCUUUUUUAAGAGUGCCAAUAGUCCCAAUGAUCAUAUCUUAAGAUGUACGGUUUUCCCGCCGGAAUUUUCAACCAAAGAUCAGCUUCUAUUAUUCAAUGAGGAUGUGGUGAGAGAAAGGUUUCUCCUGUUCAUUGAGGCGAACCCGAAACUGGACUUAUCUGCAGAUCAUAUUCCUUCAACCGUGUAUAUCAUCAAGACUUUUAUUAAAGUUUUAAGAGGCCCCAUCGUACAAGAAGAAAAUAACGAAAUUAAAACCAUUUCCAUUAAACAGGCAUCUUUGGAUGCCUUUUUAGAUUUAAAUUAUCUUGUGAAAGCCAUUGGAGCAACCAUCUCCAAUGAUGUACUCACGCCUCCAAGACUAUCAGCAACCCCUGCACUAAAAGAGUCAUAUAUUAGGAAGAUCUUUGAGUUGAUCUUCUAUGCUAGAACAAAGGCAAGACAUGUACCUGAUAAUGAAUUUGUUACUAAUUAUUCUUUUGCAGAUAAUAUGGAUCCCUUCUUCAAGAAUUUGAAUGAAGUUGAUGCUGCAUCUUCUAGAAACUAUUUUGCUGAAGGCAUUAACUCCACCCAGCUACCAUUCUUGGUUAAGUUGAGUGUCUCUGAGUUUUACAAUAAUGAAUUGACUAUAAAAUGCUUCGAAAAUACUGUGAAAUCAGAUUUGAUCAAUAGAUUUCAUUAUGUUGAUGCUCUUAAGAAUACCGUGAAUUAUUUAAGCCAGUACAAUGAGCAGACGUCCCCAAAAAAUAAUAAAUUGACCCAGUACUAUUAUACAUUGGCUCAAAGAGGAGAAUUGGUAGGGUAUUCAGAUUACUUGGAUUCCUUAAAGGCAAUCGGUAUACAAUCAACUGUCAAUCCAGAUACUAUAGACGAUGAUGUUCUUAUUGCCAUGUACCAAGCAAGCUAUACAAAUGACCCCAAAAACUAUCAAUAUUUCAGACAGAAUGCCGGUACAAUUGCCAAGGUGCGUAACUCUGUUACUUUUAAUAAGUACCUACUGGAAGAGCUUGUACCUGUAAAUAUUGCGAUGUCUGAACUUAACAUCCAAGAAAUAACCGAAGACGAAGUGGUACUAACAGCAUAUGAAUUCAAAUUGGACGAGGUGAUGCAAUCAAAUGGGUUUGAUUCACAAGACAAAGAUAUUUUGUUCCUUCAUGAAUCGCUCUUAUCUAUUGGAGUCAAUAGAAAGAGUAACAUAAUCAUGAAUUACAUUGAAACAAAGUUACCAGAUUAUAGCAAUCAGUCUCUGUUCUGUUUUACAUAUGUGGAAUGCUUGGACAAGCUCAAAUGCUCUCCAUCAUCGUCUGAGUUUGAGAUCUUAACAAAUUUCCAGAAAUUGCUUGCUGAGAGUGAGGACCUUGAUAUUUGCACAUUGAGGUUUUGUUUAAGAACAAUUGCAGAGAAUAAGAAGUCUGAUAUCUUGUUUAACUGUUUGAAGACGGGGAAAUUGGAUUCUUCCUUACUUCCGGUAAGUGAAUGGCCUGCUGGACUUGAUAAUAUUGGGAACACAUGUUACUUGAACUCGUUAUUACAAUACUACUUUUGUAUUCUGCCAUUACGAGAUACUAUUCUUAAUUUUGAUGAAGGAAAUUUCAAGCUUUCACCCGAAGUGGAGAGGAAGAUAGGUGGUAGAAAGGUGGAACAAGGAGAGUUAGAAAGAUCUAAUCAAUUCAUGUAUCAUUUACAAGAUCUUUUCAACCAGAUGAUUUAUACACUGAACAGAUGUGUUGUACCUUCGAAGGAGUUGGCCUAUUUAUCCUUCUUACCACUUUCUCAGCCUGUUUUGUUUCAAACUCGAAAGGAGAUCACAGAAAGCAUUAAACUGAUUGACAGCAGCAGUAGUGAUGAUAUGGACCAGGAUGAUGACGAUGAAGGUAAUAGUGCUAAAAUUGAGCCUAUAACUGUUUCAACCCAAAGUCCUGAUAUUAUUAUAGCUGACGAAGAUCAUGAUACUUCAUUAGGAAUCAAAGAAGAAGAAACCAGUUGUAAUCCUGAAAUCAUUGAUUUGACAAUCGAAGAUGACAUAGUAUUCAACCAACAAACUCCAUUUGAGGAAGACGUUGGUGAGCUAGGCGAAAAACGUAAGAUCUUACCAAUUGAAGAGGACCAAAUGGAGAACACUAUUGAAAUUGGAAGACAACAAGAUGUGACGGAAUGCAUUGAAAACGUCACAUACCAAAUUGAGACCACUUUAGAGCCAGAAUCGCAAGAUAAUGAUGGGGAACAGCAUGAUUUAAUCAAGCGAUUAUUUUCAGGCAAAAUCAAACAAACCAUUACUCCAUUGAAUGAUGUUGAUAAGAAGCGGAUAUCUGAGGAAAGGUUUUUCAGUUUGAUUAUAAAUGUUGGAGAUCACCCCAAGAAUAUUUAUGAUUCUCUUGAUACUUAUUUCAAUGACGACAUUGUCUCUUUAGAAGAGGGUGAAGUCAGGAAAUCAAUUACCAUUAGUCAAUUGCCUGAAAUAUUACAAUUCCAUGUCCAGAGAGUUCUCUUUGAUAGAGAAAGAUUAAUGGCUUAUAAAUCGUUGGAGACGAUCCCUUUUAGUGACAAAAUUUACUUAGAUCGAUAUUUGGAUACCGAAGACCCAGUCACCCUACGCAAGAGGAAUGAGGUAUUCCAGUGGAAAUCUGAAAUAAAUGGCUUGAACUCACAGAAAGCUUUGAUUUUGAAUAAAGAUAAAGAAAGUAAUCUUUCAUUGAUUGACUCGUUGAUUGCAACUAAAAAGUUCUUAGAGGCACGUAUUGAGCCACAUCCUAGAAUAGGGGUUAAUCCAAGUACUAUAAUUGCUCUUCAACAACAGAUUGAUGAUCUUAAGAAUAAAUUGCUAAGUAUUAAUAAGGAAUUAGAAGGUCUAGAGGAGAAAGUCCGCCAUCAAUUUGAAGACUACAAUAAGGUAGGGUACAGUAUCUUUGCCAUAUUUAUUCAUAGAGGUGAAGCUAGUUAUGGUCAUUAUUGGGUAUAUAUAAAGGAUCCACACCGGAACAUUUACCGGAAAUAUAAUGAUGAGAUGGUAACAGAAGUUAGUGUUGAAGAAGUAUUCAAUUUCACUGAAGGGAAUACUGCAACCCCAUAUUACAUUGUUUAUGUUAGGGAGGAUAAGGAGAAUGAUUAUAUACAGCCACUUAAGCGGAACCCAACAUGA